CUCUUUACUUUUCACGUUCUUAAUUUUUUUUAUUCCUGCAAUUUCUACGAUCAAACGCUAUUCACCCCCCCCCCCCUCUAGCAUUGGUCACUUAUUUUAACAAUUGGUAUCAGAGCCUAACUCGCGUCCAAACUUAAUCGUUUGAGAGAAAAGCGAUCAUGGGUUCUUGUUCUAGAAAUUUGUAUGCAGGAAUAGGUGAAGGGCAAUCAACCACACGACCACCUCUUUUUAAUGGAACCAAUUAUACAUAUUGGAAAAAACGAAUGAGAAUCUAUAUUCGUUCCACGAACUUCCAAUUAUGGUUGGUUAUCAAAAACGGGGAAGAGGUGUCGAGGAAGAAAGUCGGAGACAAGUUGAUCCCCAAGACCGAAGACGAGUUUGAUGCCGAGGACAUCAAAAAGGUCGAGAAUUAUGCAAAGGCAAUAAACAUGCUUUAUUGUGCCGUAAAUCCUGAUGACUACCGCAAGAUCUCCUGCUGCUCAACCGCCAAAGAGAUGUGGGAUAAACUUGAGGUGACGUACAAAGGAACGGACCAAGUACGUGAAGCCAAGAUUGACUUCCUCGCCCAAGAAUAUGAGAUGUUCACGAUGAAGGAGCACGAGAAGAUCGACGACAUGUUCGACCGAUUUUCCAAGAUAAGAAAAGGCAUAGCAUUAAAAGCCUCCAAAGAACCGGCAAUGAAUGACUCAAGCGACGAAGAUGAAGUCAAGCUUGUCAUGAAGAAGUUUUGUAAACUUCUAAGGAAGAAAGAGAAAAUUGAGGAUAGCCCUGUGUGCUAUGGAUGUGGUGAAGCCGGGCACAUCAAGAACAAAUGCCCAAGAAGCGGAAGGAAUGCUAGUCACUUCAAAAAGCAAAGAGCAUACAUCUCGUGGGGUGGUGACUCCGGCGAUGAAUCAAGCGAACAAGAGGAAGAAGAGGAAGCAAACCUUUGUCUCGUAGCUCAAGAAGAAGAGGAGUCCGCCAACAACGAAAACCAAGAGGCACGUAUUUCUUCUACCAGUUCUUAUUCUCUUGAAGAAAUGCAGGAAGCUCUCCAAGAGCUUUAUGACGAGUUUGUUAGCGCUUCUAAAACCAACAAAGUUUUAAAGAAACGUUUUUCCAAUCUUGAAACCGAACUUGAAAAAAUUCAAAAGGAGAAUGAACAACUAAAAGAAGAAAAUAAAUUUUAUGGUAAAAGAAGCGCCGACAAACCCGAGAGCUCUACGAGAAAUUGUGACUCUUGCAUAGCUUUGAAAGAACAAGUUGCUAAACUAGAAAACACGGUGAAGAAAUUUAAUAAACCACAUAAGGAUCUUAAUCUUGUUUUUGAUUCUAUGCAAUACACUAAAGAAGGAAUAGGUUUUGGAAAGAUUGAUGAACCUGAAAAUAAAGAAAAAGUUGAGCACAAAAAAGCUUGUCUAGGACGCAUUCAACCCUCUCUAUUGUCUCGUUCUUCUGCAUUUGGGUAUUUGACGCCUCGGACGAUUGCUACUGCGAAAUCAUUUGGGUAUUGCUACUGCGAAAGAAACCCGGAUCAUUUGGGUAUUGCUACUGCGAAAGAAACCCGCCGUUCUUGCGACUUCGAGCAAGAAUGGAGCAGCAGCACAGGAACCAGCAUAAAGAUGUGCAAGAACGACGACAAGAUGAUCUUGAGGAAAUCCAACACGGCCCUUUCCCGGUGGAGCAACUCCAGCCAAAAAACCAAAAAAGUAUGAUUCAUUACUUUCUAUAUUCAGAUUUAAAAUAGUUCUCAUCAGUUUUUUAAGACAAUGUUGCAAUUCAUUUUUCCCCUUCCCAUUAUUUGCAAAAAAAAUUCCGAAUUUUCAUCAAGUUAGUUUAACUUUCGUUUAUACCAUUAGCAUUUGAAAUGUGGUCCAUGCUUCAUUCUUUAUUUCUAUACUAUUCACUCCGAAACAUUUUGUCUAGGAAUAAAACGGUUACAUAUUUUACCAGCGACUGUGAUGUUACCUGUUAAAAACUAUUUGACAAGUAUGAAGUGAUUAGGGAAAAUAUAUUCAAUUAAUUGAGUACAUUCUUUAUGAUAUCCCAGUGUAUAAAAGAUAUAGAAUCUACUUGGCAAAUGCACUUCUGCUGACUCUUUUAAGCAUCGUGGUCCAAAUUUUGGCCUUCGACAAUGUUGAACUUGUUUUUUUCCCUUUUUUGUGGAGAUGCAAUGGAAAAACAGCUUAUGUAAAUCAAACCAAUGAUAUGUACCUGUUUCUGGGGUAAGCUGCUACUCUAAGAAUGUGCUUCACAGAGCCUUCAGUCUUUUCUUAUUUAACUCUAAAUAUGAAUUGCUUCUUCAGGAAACGAGAAGAAUCAAAUGGGACGGCCUGAAAAGGAAAGUGAGAAGAAAGAUAUGGGACGGAGGGAGUAGUUCAUUCAAUUUUUUUUAAGUAUAAUGUGUACAAAACAAAGUCAUAGAAUAAUUAAACAACUGAAUUCUUUUACUUGUUAUUUCAGGUUUGAUAUUUUGUAAAGAAGCUGCUUGUGAUGCAAAAAUAUCUCAUGCAAUGAAGUUAGGACAGGUAAGUAAAUUAGUUAAAUUACUUAAAUUACUAUCUCAUGCAAGUCUUUCAAUGAAGUACUUAAAUUACUUAAUNUUUUUUUAAGUAUAAUGUGUACAAAACAAAGUCAUAGAAUAAUUAAACAACUGAAUUCUUUUACUUGUUAUUUCAGGUUUGAUAUUUUGUAAAGAAGCUGCUUGUGAUGCAAAAAUAUCUCAUGCAAUGAAGUUAGGACAGGUAAGUAAAUUAGUUAAAUUACUUAAAUUACUAUCUCAUGCAAGUCUUUCAAUGAAGUACUUAAAUUACU